UCGACGAUACUGUAGCAUUGCUGAAAGGAGCAAACUAUGGUAUCUGUUGUAAUUAUUAAUAUUUUACUUACCACGCAUCGUCGUUUUGGACAUUAUUUACACUGUACAUUGUUUAGCAGGCUUUAACUGGAAUAAAUGGAGGAAGAAAACACAAAGUCUUUAAUCAAAGCAAUUCAACAAGGAGAGCUGUGCAGUGUUAGACGACAACUCAAUGAGCAAGUGAACAAGCAGUCUGUCAUCUAUUCUCACUUUGGGAAAUCUGGAGAUACGGUACUGCACUAUGCUGCCAGAUAUGGACACAUGAACAUUGUGCGUUAUCUAGUAGAGGAGCUGGACAUGGAUAUUGAGGUGUUUAACAGCGACUACAAGAGAGCUAUGCAUGAAGCUGCCUCCAUGGGUCAUUAUGAAUGUUUGCGGUAUCUGAUUGCCAGAGGAGCAAAAAUAGACUGUCUAAAAAAAGCAGAUUGGACCCCUCUCAUGAUGGCCUGUACCCGACAGAACCUUGAAGUCAUCUUAGAGCUGCUGGAUCAUGGUGCUGAACCAAUGCUGCAGAACAAGGAUGGAUGGAAUGCAUUCCACAUUGCAUGCAGAGAGGGAGAUCCAGCCAUCAUACAGCACCUCCUACUGGCCAAACCCGAGGUCUGGAAGACAAAGAGCAAGACUGGCAGAACCCCUCUCCACACUGCUGCUAUGCAUGGCUGUGAGGAUGCUGUGAAUAUACUUCUUGAGAGCUGUUCCUAUGAGCCUGAUUGCAAAGAUAGCUGUGGAGUCACACCAUUCAUGGAUGCAAUAAGGAAUGGACAUAUAGGUGUCGCUAAAUUGCUCCUGGAAAAUCACCAAGCAUCUCCCUGUGCAGUAGAUAUUCUGGGAGCACAGCCCUUGCACCAGGCCUCUGUUACCGCCCAAGAAAAGGCACUGUCAUUUCUUGUGGGUAAUCUAGGUAUUGAUGUAAAUGCAAGAGCCACAAAACUGGAACUGACUGCACUGCACUAUGCUGCUAAGGAAGGUCACACAAGCACUAUAAAUACUCUGCUUGCCCUAGGCGCUGAUCUUCAUGCGAGAGACACAAAAGGAAGAUCAGUCUGUUUUCCAGCACUUCACAUGGCAUGCAUUGGUCAGCAUGCUGAAACUGUCAAGACACUGCUACAGCUUGGACUCUCCGAUACUGAAGACAACGCCGGCAAUAAAGCAAGAGAGUAUGCCAAAAAACCUCACAUAAGAGAAGUGUUUGAAAGUCUUGACAUUUAAUCAUUGACGAGAUGUGUCAUAUGAAUUAAUUAUUGCUUCACCUAAAUAAAUGCUUUUUAUGAAAGUGU